GCGUUCCGCCGCACCUACUCGAGCUCGUCGAUCCGGGUGCGCAACCUCGAGGUCGGGCCGUCGAGCUUCCACAAGGUCCGCCUGCUCGGCAAGGGCGACGUCGGCAAGGUCUACCUCGUGCGCGAGAAGCAGACGCACAAGCUCUACGCCAUGAAGGUCCUCAGCAAGAAGGAGAUGAUCAAGCGCAACAAGGUCAAGCGCGCGCUCGCCGAGGAGCAGGAGAUCCUCGCCGGCUCGAACCACCCGUUCAUCGUUACCCUGUACCACUCGUUCCAGUCGGACGAUUACCUGUACCUCUGCAUGGAGUACUGCCUCGGCGGCGAGUUCUUCCGAGCGCUUCAGACGCGACCGGGCAAGUGCCUGCCCGAGGAGGACGCCAAGUUCUACGCCGCCGAGGUCGUCGCCGCGCUCGAGUACCUCCACCUCAUGGGCUUCAUCUACCGCGACCUCAAGCCCGAAAACAUCCUCCUCCACGAGACGGGCCACAUCAUGCUCUCGGACUUUGACUUGUCGAAGCAGGCCGACCCGAACGGGCUCGGCGGCGCGCCCGCCGGCAUCAAGCUCUUUACGCCCAACGGCGUCCCGCUCGUCGACACCAAGAGCUGCAUCGCCGACUUCCGCACCAACUCGUUCGUCGGGACCGAGGAGUACAUCUGCCCUGAGGUCAUCAAUGGGCGAGGCCACAGCUCUGCCGUCGACUGGUGGACCGUCGGAAUCCUCGUGUACGAGAUGCUGUACGGCUGCACCCCGUUCAAGGGCUCGAACCGGCACGCGACCUUCUCGAACGUGCUCCGCAACGAGCCCGGCUUCCCCGACCACCCGGCGACGACGACCCUGUGCAAGAGCCUCGUCAAGAAGCUUCUGUGCAAGGACGAGCACAAGCGGCUCGGGAGCCAGUCGGGCGCGAGCGAGGUCAAGCAGCACAAGUGGUUCGCGAGCAUCAGCUGGGGCCUGCUGCGGCACCAAAAGCCGCCCAUCGUCCCGCAGAUCAAGAACGCCGAGAACGCCAACUUCCGCUCGAUGCGCGAGUCGGCGUCGCUCGACCUCGAGGGC